AACCAACACUGCAAGCUCCCAGUAAGUUCAUUUUGGAGGAGAAAACUAGUUUUUUUUUUCUGUUCAGUGAAGCACAUUGAUUUGGAUUUGAAACCAGUGUUUGAGUUUUACAUGUAACCCAUCAGCUCCUGAGUGCCGGUCUGCAGGCUGUAGCUGACACCAGCCUGGUUUUCCUCUGCUCCUUAUCUUGCUCCUCUCAGCCUGCGUGACUAUGAGCACCUCGGAGCUUCAGGCCACUGACAGGCAGAAUGCGGAGGAGCUGGACACCGUGAAGGAGUCGAUCAGCGACAUCAUCAACCAGCUCCAGGACAUUGACCCCACUAGGCUCUCCUUCUCGCCGUUCCUGGACCUGGACACCCAGAUCUCCCUGGCACCGGUGUCAGACAGCCCAGAAUCGUCCGUGGAGGAACUGCGCUCGGCUUCUCAUUCAAUCUCAGGCUCCCAGCGCUCUCUGGGGCCUCCACCAGUAAAAGAGCAAUUGAGAAGCUAUAUUUGGUGCCACCAGCAGCCCAGCGCUAACCUUCCAGCACCCUCCGGAGUAAACCAGACAGAGGAGGAGGAGGAGGAGGAGCUGGAUCAAACUCUUUCCAGCCCCUUCAUCACUUCGCACAGUUUGGACGCCACCAUGGAAAACUGCAGGGGCCCCCCUCUGCUGGCCUCUCAGGGCGACAUUCCCAAUGGCACGAACACACCGAGAUGGAGUCCAGAAUCCACCAAUCUAGAGAGCACGUUGGAUGAGGGCCGCCCCCUGAUAGGCCCAACGCAGGAGAGUGUGGAGCUAGCUGUGUGGACCCCUGAGGGCCUGAGAGAGACUGAUACAGAAGCACAGGAGCCUCCGGAUCAGGGGAGAUGCUGUCGCUGCUGCCAGUGUAAAUGCAGCCAGAGCCGUCUUCCUGCUUUCUUCUCGGUCCUGGCCUCCCUUAUGUGUGCAGCUGGGAUGCUCUAUGCACUCUAUUUCUAUGUCCCCAUAAGACCCCCUGACUGCCCCGACGUGAGCAGCCGCAUCAUUUUCACCUUCUGCUGCUGCACGGUGGCUGCUCUCCCGGUGGUGCUCGCAAUGCUGAUUGGUGCAUUAUGCCAGUUCUGCUCCGGUUCCCUCAGUCUGCAGGAGUCGACGCCUCGAAGACACACUUUGCAGCAGCUUUUCGUCACAUCGUCCCUGGAACAAUUACUCCUUUAUCUCCUCAACCUUGUCACGAUGGCCACUUUACUAAAUCAGGAGCAGCUGAAGUUGGUGCCUAUACUGGUUUUCAUGUUCAUCAUUGGCAGGCUUGUUUUCUGGUUCAGCCUCAACACGUGCAGCUCCUGGAGAGGUUUCGGUUCUGGUCUGAGCUUCUUCCCUCUCCUUGCCAUGGUCGUUCUCAAUCUGUUUCUUAUGUACAAUCUGAAUCUCAAACAGCCCCUCAUCGGCUCUCAGGACGCCCUGUAUAAUCAGGUCACCCCGUCUUCCUGGUCAGGGGAAACAUCACAGAGCCCGAGUGGCAAACCAGACGUCCUGCCCACAGACAUCCUGGACGCUCAGUGAGAGGGAGAGCUGCGCUUUCUUCUCUGAGAGGAGGCCAUCCUUCCAAAAAUAGGCCAUUCCUGUGGUCUGCUGCUCAGCAGAGCUACACCCGCUGCCACCAUAACCUCCAACUAUGUGACAGCUUUUACUUGUUGCUCCUCCUGUGUGCAGCCUUUUUCAUGUGGUUUUUCGCUUUAUUAUCUGAAAUGCAAGCGCUGUGCCUGGCUGAGGCCGUGCAGGCCUUUCAACAAUGCUGUACACAUAAAACCUUUGUCUUUUUAAGCUAUUCCGAUGCCUAUAUUUAAGUAGUUAAAAGCUCUCCGCUGUAUGUGGCUUUGUUUGUUUUAACCUUACAGAACCACAUAGCAGCUGCAGUUGUCAAUUUGUACUACUUUGACUUUAUAGAGGGUUUGUACAGGACUAAGUCAGAAUAAAACCCAUUUGUAAGAAAUAUAUAUAUAUCU